AGGAGGCAGAUCCGGGCUGCAGAGGGCCCAGGGCUGUGGUGGUUGUGGUGGGUCCCAUGCCCCGUCAGCGUUUCCCAGACAUUUUGUGCUGGGGGUGGAAUUCUGUUACUCAGAAACGUUUUAUUGAUGGCAGACGAGGUAGAAACUUGUUGGACUUGUGGGAGCCAUGCUGGCCUUGGAGAGAACGGUCUGGGCUGGACAGUUUGGGCACAGGGCUUCCGUCCCCUGGAGGGGAGAGGAGAGGUGGGGCGGGCGGUGGCCGUGGGUCACUGGGCCUCUCCCUGCAGCGCGGAAGCAGGAGAUCAUCAAGAUCACGGAGCAGCUCAUCGAGGCUGUCAACAGCGGGGACUUCGAGGCCUACGCGAAAAUCUGCGACCCAGGCCUGACCUCGUUUGAGCCUGAAGCUUUGGGCAACCUGGUCGAAGGGAUGGACUUCCACAGCGUGGACGGGCAGUGCAGCGGCCAGGCCCAUCCCGGGGAGGAUGCCUGUGAGAAGCUCUGA